GGCUUACGUAGGUCAUCCUGCAUCCUCGUAUUUUCUCAGAGUCUAGCCAUGGGAAGGCGUCCGGCGAAGUGCUACCGCUACAACAAGAACAAGCCGUACCCCAAGACUCGCUAUUGCCGAGGUGUGCCGGACCCGAAGAUCAGGAUCUUCGAUGUGGGCAAGAAGAAGAUGCCGUGUGAUGAGUUCCCGGCCACAUGUCAUUUGGUCUGUGACGAGGACCAGCAGCUCACAAGUGAGGCAUUGGAGGCGGCGCGAAUCGCCGUCAACAAGUACAUGAUCACCAAUGCCGGACGAGAUUUCUUCCACAUCCGCAUGCGGCCCCACCCCUUCAACGUGCUGCGCAUCAACAAGACCCUGAGCUGCGCGGGGGCGGAUCGCUUGUCCAGCGGCAUGCGCGGGGCCUUUGGCAAGCCCUACGGCACCGCCGCACGGGUGGACAUUGGACAGGUGCUGAUCUCUGUGCGCACCAAGGAGAUGAGAAGAUCCAGAUCGCGGUGGAGGCGCUUCGGAGGGCCAAGUUCAAGUUCGCGGGCAGGCAGAAGGUGCACAUCUCCUCCAAGUGGGGCUUCACGCGCUUCACCCGGAAGGAGUACCAGCAGUACAAGGCCCAGGGGCGUUUGGUGCCGGAUGGCACCACCGUGAGGUGGCUGUCCAGCCGCGGUCCCUUGUGGCGCCUCAUCGGCCGCGAGAACGCCUAGACGAGCUGAGGAAACCCAUGAGCCGGUGGGGUACAGAACGGCGAAGCGAGGCUUAUGCAGGAGAGUCGCACA